CACAAAUCCCAGAAAAGGCAAACAAAGUCUUCAACUAUCCAGAGAGAGUCUGUCACCAAAGACCUGUACUAUACUUGGCAAAGUGCUGGCAACAGAUCAUACUUUCACUGAAAUAAAUCUGGCAAACUGUAUGCUUAAUGAAGAUGCUGUAAAAAGUCUUGCUUAUGGGAUGGCUGAAAAUGUCGUUUGUAAAAGACUGGAUUUAAAAGGAAAUAAUAUAAGAGGAACUGGGACUGAGGCUCUAGCCAGAAUGUUACGCCAUAAUAAGAGUUUAACUAGUCUCUGUCUGGAACAGAAUGAUAUGGGCAUGAUAGAGAAUUCCUUUGGUACAUUCUGUGAGGCCCUGGCUGCCAACACCACCCUCAAGGAGCUUGACCUUAGGAGCAACCAGAUUAGCCACAACGGGGCGCAGGAGCUGGCUUCUGCCUUGAAGAGGAAUACCACACUACAGGCAAUAGAUAUGAGGUCAAACAGUGUUGGUAUUAUCGGAGGGCGAGCUCUCCUGGAAGCACUGAGGAGGAACAAAACUGUUUACAAACUCAGCUUGGCUGGGAACAUCAUUCCUACUGAUAUUUUACAAUCUAUUGACACAGCUUUAGGACAUAAUGAAGACCGUCAACUGAUGUGUAAUGACUACUAUCAGCGAACACACAUGUUAUCCUGUGAGCUGAGGACACUCAAAGAAGAGAAAAAGAUGCAGAUGAGUGAAUUGAUGGAUAAAAUUGAUGAGCAGGAAGAUUUCAUGAGAAAGACCACCUGGUCCACUUCACACAAGAUUGGACAGCUGCAAUCAGCACUGGACGAAAGGAAGGCUGCAUUUAAGUCACUUAAAGCAAAAUUAUCAAUGGUAGAAUCAGAACUUGCUCUAGAGCAACAAAAGUCCCAUGAUUUAGAGGGUCUUGUGGCCAGGAUGAAACAGGAUCAGUCAGAGCUGAGCAUCAGGCAUCAGAGUGAUCUGAGGCAGGAGAGAGAGGACAGAGCCUCUGUGGAAAGCAGACUUUUAAGGGAAUUAUCUGAAGUUAAUGACAGAAAUGUGCAGCUAGAAGCUAAGGAAGAUGAACUUAGCAGAAAGGGCAAGCAGCAACAAGAUCAGAUAUAUGAUCUUAAAGAGCAGCUGACACAUGCACAAGCUGACAUAAAACUUAAAGGAGCACAUUAUGAAGAGAAAUUUAAUAAUGAAAAGCAAAAAAACAAAGAAAUUUUACAAGAGGUGGAGUCUCUCAAGACACGAGAGAUUGCCAAGCUACAGCAAGACUUUGAUGACACUGAGAAGCAGCUGAGAGAAAGAAUCAACAAACUAGAGAGGCAGCGUUUGGAGUUGGAAGAAGAAGUGAGCAAGCUGAAAUCUCAGGCAGCGGCUGACAGGAUCAAAGCUGAGGAGGAAUUGGCCACAGUUAAGCAGAAAAUAAGGUCUGAUGAGGAGCAACAUCAGAAGCAGCUGGAAGACAGAAUGCGUAUCCUGCAACAGUCCAAGGAUGAGCUGCAGUCUCAUAGUAACCACCAGAAGGCCCUGAUAUUAGAGCUUCAAGGGAAGAACAGCAGCAUGGAGCUAGAACUUGAGACACACAAGAGAAGGAUUGAUGCACAGAACACAGAAUUGUCUGGGAAGAACAAUGAGAUGAUGGCUGAAGUUGGGAAAGUAAAACUGGAAGUUAAACAGAAAAUGGCUCAAUUAGAAACUGAAAGGCAAGCUCAGAAUGAAUUGAAAGAAGAAAUAGGAAGACUGAAGAGGCAAAUCUCAGAGCAAACAGGAAAGCACAGGGAACUCAUCCAUGAUAAGGAAAGAGAAAUUGAGAGUUUGCAAGAAAAAGUCAGAGAAAAAGACAAGGAACUUAUUCGAAUGAGGGAAGAGGAUGCUCAGAGAUCGUCAAUGCUCCAGUCUGCCAUUAUGACUUAUGUGGCAAGGUCACCACAUAAAUGAUGUCCCAGGUGAACCCUGACUGUAUAACUGACUGUAUAACAUUCCAUUGAUAACAUUCCACAGAACAAAAAGAAAAAUCUU